CUCUGAUCAUCUCUCCCUUUCUCCGAAUCUAUCCCUAUCUUCUUCUCUAAUCCAAUUCCCGAAAUGGAGUUCGAAUCCAACAAUAUUUCUGAAGACAACAACAACAAUCACGGAUGGCAGAAGGUUACUUACGCUAAGAAGAACGUGAAGAAUCAGCCUAAGCAGCAGGUGCCUCAACCGAAGGCGCUUCCAAACGGAUCUGUUGUCGCUGGUAAUGAUAAUGUCUUCACUGCUAUUGAGAAGAAAUCGGAGGAGCGUAGGAAGGUUAUAGAAGCACAGAGAUUGUCGAUUUAUGAUCCUGCUCCUCCUCCGGUUAAAUCGUCAAGGAAGAAGAACUACUCCGAUUAUGAGGACAGCGAUGAAGAGGUUGCCAAUGGUGUGGCUGGGAAUGAUGAUGUUGAGGAGAAGAAGAAGAAACCGAAGAAAGUAAAGAAACCUAAGGUCACAAUUGCGGAAGCGGCGGAGAAGAUCGAUGUCGACGACCUGGCUAGUUUUCUGUUGGAGGUGACGACUUCAUUCGAGGCACAUCAAGAUAUACAGUUGAUGAGGUUUGCCGACUAUUUUGGACGUGCAUUUUCUAGCGUGACUGCUUCACAAUUUCCCUGGGUGAAGUUAUUGAGAGAAUCUCCUGUUGCUAAGGUUGCAGAUAAUCCUGUGUCACAUAUUCCUGAGGCUGUUUACAAAACCUCAGUUGAUUGGAUCAACAAACUAUCCAUGGAAGCCCUUAGUUCUUUUCUCCUUUGGUCCUUAGACAACAUUCUUGCUGACUUUGCAAUUCAACAAGGUGGCUCAAAGGGAUCCAAGAAAGUUGCCCAAAAAACACCCUCAAAAUCUCAGGUGGGUCUGUUUGUAGUAUUAGCAAUGGUGUUACGAAGGAAACCCGAUACGCUAAUUACCAGCAAUUUAAAUGACCAUCUAUUUAAAGCUAACCCGUAUGGGUAUCCCGAGAUGCGGCCCAUAAGGUUUAUCGAGUCUCAAAUUAUAAUUCCAUUUGGCCGGACAAUUGAACAUGAAGAGGUUGGAGCUGAGAGAUUUGACAAAGAAUAUCCAUAUGGCAUACAUCACAAUUUUGGUAAAGAAAGAAAGAGAACGUUGCUAUCUAACCCUGCAGGAAUGUUAGCAAUGUUCAUGAAGCAUGCUUUGCCAAUGAAGAUGGUAGCUUACAUUAGCACAUAUAUCAAUGAUGGUCCUGAAUGUUUGACUUUGAGAUGCCCAAUUCCAUCCUGUGGUGUUGUUGUUGGUGUGGACAUGGUCAAUGUGAAUUGGUAA